UUUAUCAUGUCACAUCCAUGUUGCCUUUUGACGCGUUUCGUCUUGAAUCUGCUGGAAAGCCGCUAAGCUUCGUGCACGAAUCUGACGCUUUAUACUACCGGCCACAAAGUGCACGGAAGAUCUCAGAGGAGCAUAUCUUCGAUUUUGCAUGGAUUUGUGUUUUGCUCUGCGCUCUUGGCAUCACUGCGUAAAAGACUGAUCCUAUUGCCGAGGGGGGAGAAAGGCGCUGGCGCUGCGCCACGAUCUGGCAAGUGCGCCUCCCUUCACCGCUGUUUGGCUUAUUCAUAGUUAGGGGUUUGGGUUUGGCUGUUUUUAAAAAGGCAAGCACUGCUGUGAAGUUGAUCAGUCUGCUCAGAAAACUUACAGAGGGGAAAGUGUUUUGGAAUCGGAAAGUCCAGAAUUUCAGUGCGCAACCAAUUGCGCACAAACUGGACUAGAGGAGAAUACCCAAGUGAAUCAUUUAUUAUUAUUAUUAUUUUAUUUUUAAUUUUUGUUUUAUAUAUGUAUAUAUUUAUAUGAAAGAUCGACCGGAUUCUUUUUCAUCAUCUAUUUUUCAUCAAAGACUGUUUUUAUUUUCUAAUUUUUAAGACACCCCAACCUGUGCUUUCACUUUGCAUGCGGAGUUUUCACUCGAAUCUGAGCCAAACGUUCAUGCGUUCUCAUAUCUAGUUCUCGCUGUUUUUUUCUCAUUUAAAUCGGAUCUCAUUCACUUUGAAACGAAGCAUGGCUCUUCUUGUGCUGGGUACAUUUUUCACGGCGUUGUCCAUCAGCGGAGGCUCUUUCGUGCCGUGCGAGCCGUGCGAUCAGAAAGCGCUCUCCAUGUGUCCUCCGGUCCCGGUGGGCUGUCAGCUGGUGAAGGAGCCCGGCUGCGGUUGCUGCUUGACUUGCGCUCUGGCGGAGGGGCAGGCGUGCGGGGUGUACACCGGUACAUGCACGCACGGACUGCGCUGCCUGCCGCGCAACGGCGAGGAGAAGCCGCUUCACGCCCUGCUGCACGGCAGGGGAGUGUGCACGAACGAGAAGGGAUACAAACCACAGCACCCACCCAUUGAUCGUGAAUCAAUAGAGCAUGAUGAUACAGUGAAGCCAGACACGCCUGAAGACCAGAUUCCUAAAAUUCCCCUUUACCCCAAACCAGACGUAAUCAACAGCAUGAAGAAUGCUGCCGUGCGCAAGGACAAAAAGAAACAACUGGAGAAGCAUCGGUCAGUGGUGUCGAUUGACUACUCCACUCUUCCCAUCGACAAGCAUGAGCCUGAAUUUGGUCCCUGCAGAAGGAAGCUGGAUGGAAUCAUUCAAAGUAUGAAAGACACCUCCCGCAUCAUGGCUCUCUCACUCUACCUGCCUAACUGUGACAAGAAGGGCUUCUUCAAGCGCAAACAGUGCAAGCCCUCCCGCGGCCGGAAACGAGGCAUCUGCUGGUGUGUGGACAAAUAUGGUGUGCAGCUGCCCGGCACUGACUACAGCGGCGGUAACAUCCAGUGCAAGGAUUUGGAGAACAGCAACAACAACGAGUGAGAAUCAACCCACCCUGAUCACCGGACCUAGGGCCCACCUCCUUGUCCUGUCCCACCAGUCUACCCACCAGUCACUUUGAGAUUUUGAUGCAAAAUGACAAAGACACACAACAGCUAUUACAAAUAUAAACAACCAGACUAAAAAGAAAAUGUUAAAGUGAGAUAAUCCACAGGAAUCGUUUUGACUGAGCGCUCAUCUCUCUCUCACUGGACUCAACCAAUCAGAGGAGCCCCCUGCUAGAGCUGAGUCCCGGCAACAACAAUAAAAAAAUUGCUAAAAAAUAUAUAUAUACAUACAAUUAUAUAUUUUUAUAGAAACUGGGAUUUGAGCACCAUACUGUUUUGUUUAAAGUUAACAUAAAACAAAAAAAACUACAAAAAAAGAAUAUAUGGCAUGUUGAAUAUUAACAGGGCUAUCUUGGUCUUUUACAUCUUUUGCUGUCAAGGUAUCAAAGGAGACAGCAGGAACUUUUACUAUUUGAAAAAAAAGUGUUGUUUUCCCAAAAGAAAAGAAAGAAAGGAAAACACAUGGUAGAGAUCUGCUGAUACAGUCAUCUCUAUCUGGCUUUUUUGGUCCUGUCAGAGCACUUAUUCUUUGGGGAACCUGCUUGGAAAUGUGUAACUUCACCAAGUUCAGUGUAUGCGUGUAUGUACGAGUGUGUGCUUUCGUGCGCACGCGUGUGAGGAAUGAAAUAUGGCGAUAGCUUUGAAAAAAAUUUUUUUUUUUCUUUCUUUCUUUGUGGCAUACCCCGUCCAGAACGUAGUGAAAACCAAGAUCCCAUUAGACAAAUCUGUUUCAGUGGCUCUAGACUUUGUAGCUUACCUAACAUGCCAACCGUGCCUAUGUAAACAGACGCUGCCACACAGAGUUACACGG